GCCUGUUCCACUUAAGACAGGCAGGAGCAGGGUGUUGCUGUGAGCUUUCCUCAGCGGAAAUUGUGUCUUCACCUGAGAAGGCAUUAAUGCUUCCUUUUUCCUAAAAGGGAGUCAGCCAAUGGCUUAGAGAUAUCCAAAGACAAAAGCACAAUACUUCUGACAGCGUGUGGAAGAGUCUGUGGUGCACCCUUCUCUCCAGCAGUGGCAAGUUCAGUACAAGGGCUUUUGGAAUUGAUAAUAUCUGAACAGAACACCUACCAUAGGCCAAGCUUGGCUUCUUUCUCUGCUGGACUGGAAAGGCUUGCGAUGUGGCUGAAGACACAGAUCACUGAGUAGAAGCUAAGCUGCUGGCCACCCGGGCUAUGUGAUGAAUCACUUGGUUUUGAUAAAGCAGCUGGCAGUGGGGUGCCUGGUGGCCCAAACAUAGGCCGGAGAGGCUUGAAAACAAAGUGCAAGCUCAGAACGUGCAGGUCCCAGGGCUUCCAGCUGUUGUCAGAUAUAUCCACCUCAUCCCAUUUCAUAGAAAAUCUGGUAUUAGCUGCCUUGGACUUAAAAGGCAAAGAGGUUCCCAUCUCUUUAGAAAGUGUCUACUAUCUCCCAGCAAAGAAUACUGGAGAGGGUUGUGGCAGCACUGUGCUAAUCAUUCUUCCUGAUGGGAGAAGAUCUUGAAGGCACUGCAGGCUUCCUGGACAACAGAGUCCACCGACAUAAGAAAGGAUGACUAUGGCUUUGAUCCGCAACAGGCUGGGGCUGCUGGUCCUAGGCGUCCUCGUCACCUUUGUCCUCUACCUGUUGCUUCCUGCCAUCCAGCACGAGAGGUUUACCUCCUCUGUAGACAUCCCCAAGCCACGGGCUAUGGAAGAAGAGGCGAAGAAGGGUCCAGGCGUUGGCAAUGUCACAAUCAUGACUGGGACAGUCCUGCAAGACCCCUCUGUUUUCUUUAGAGAAGCUGUCUUGGCACAAAAAGAUGGGGCUCCUUCCCCUGAAAGGCUGUCUGUGAUCUUCCUACAUGGCCAAUCCUUCACUUCUAAGACAUGGGAGGAAUUGGGGACACUGGCUUUACUUUGUGAAAGUGGAUAUCGUGCAGUAGCUGUCGACUUGCCAGGCUAUGGGGACUCCCCACCCUCCAGUGCUGUUGAGACAGCCUCAGGUCGUGUUUCCUUCCUACAGCAAAUCUUCAAGGAGCUAAGCCUUCAGAAGCCUGUUUUGAUAAGCUCCUCCAUGAGUGGCCGCUAUUCCCUUCCAUUUCUCUUGUCCAGUGGGGAACAGCUGAAAGGGUUUGUACCCAUUGCACCAGUGGGCACCAAGGAAUUCACAAGUCAACAGUACCAGCAGGUCAAGAUACCGACUCUGAUCAUCUAUGGAGAGCGUGACACUGGUCUGGGCACUCAGUCUCUUCAGAGCCUUCAACAGAUCCCCAAAUCGAAAGUUGUUAUGCUACCUCAAGCUGGUCAUGCCUGUUACCUUGAUAAGCCUCAGGAGUUCCACAAAGCACUCCUGGACUUUCUUAAUGAGCUAAAAUGACUGUGAUGUCCUCUCUUCUGGCCCUGCCCAGCCAUCUUCUUCCUGGGAAAGAAUCAAGAUUGAAUCUGUGCUCCAUAGCUGGGGUACUGUGUGUCUGAAUUUGUUUCUCCACAUUUAAUGGGCUUAGGGCUUGCUAACUCUUGAUGGGAGUAGAUCCUCACUGCUCUCUUGUGGAGCUGCUUCUGUUACAGCUCUUCCAGUCUCAGCUUCCGAAAUUGUGCAUUCUGGCAGAAAUACUGGAUCACAUGUGUAUGAAGUAAAGCGACACCUUUUCAAGUUGUCAGUUGUGGUGGUGUCUGAAGAUUGCUAAGCCACGUAUUGCAGUUUUUUGUCCCACUGAAGAACUGGUCCUUCUGGAGGAAGACACAGUUUCAAUUCCAGUUUCUUAUUUCAGGAGCACAAGCCACAAAGGUUACAUUGUGUUGGCCCUUCUUCAUUGUUAGCUGACUACUUCUACUGGUGCACACACUCCUGUUCUAAGGAUCAAGUGCUUCCUAUAUAUUUGUUGCUUUAUUUCUCCUCUCUUUUCAUAGUGUGUGUUUGUGUGUGUGGGGGGGAUUUCCACACAAUUGUCUACCCAUGGAGAGAAAUAAAAGGGACUGCUCUGCUAAAUAAGAAUGCUAUGAUGAAACAAUCUCUCUCUCUCUCUCGCUGUGUGUGUGUGCGUGUGUGAGAGAGAGAGAGAGCGCACAGGAGCAAACCAUGGUAGGUGAUAAUAUUUUGAAAUGUCUCGGGGCAGGGCUUAAAUAAAUGGUUUAAAACAAAAAUUAAACCUAUUUAAAUGUUCCUUUAACUUUGAUGAUAAUUGUAACCCUUGGGGGGAUAGCUGUAAAAAGUUGUAUGUCAGUGGUUUAUUUUGCUAGGGAGUAUUAUAUGAGCUCAUCAUAUACAAGACAGGGAGUGGAGGGACGGUGCAACAAGCUUUCAAGGGGGUGUAGCCCAUAUGUUAAGAUAGGGAAUAGUCCUCUAGCACAUAAGCUAAUUUUUUUGAGUGUUGCAAAACUGUUGAAGGGUCAAUAAAUCAUUUGUAAAAAUCA